GCAUUUAAAACCUAAAAACUGGUCGGUGCCGACCCUAACACAAGACGAAGGUUAACCCUGUAAAAAAGCCCUCUGUAGCAACUGUUCCCUCCCCUGUUCCAUCCUCCAGCUCUUCUCUGUCUCCAGCUGCUCCAUUCAACCUGCCUUCCGUGGUUCAGCCUGGUGCCUUGGCACCCGCACUUCAGCCUGAGGUCUGUACCCAGCCUGAUGCCUCCACUCAGCCUGAUGCCUCCACUCAGCCUGAUGCCUCCACUCAGCCUGAUGCCUCUACCCAGCCUGAUGAACUGAUCCAGCCUGAUGAUCCUAUUAGGCCAGUUGACUCGAUGCCCGCUGUUGAUCCAGACGAUCCGGUACCUGAUCCGGUGCCCGCUGUCGUGCCAAUUGACUCAGAGCCCGCUGUCGUGCCUGGUGACUCGGUGCCCACUGCCUUGCCAGAUGACGCGGUGCCCGCUGGCGAGCCAAAUGACCUGAUGCCUGGUGACCCAGUGCCCGCUGUCAUACCUGGUGACCCGAUACCCGCUGUCGAGCCAGACAAUCCGGUACCUGAUGACCUGGUGCCCGCUGUCAUGCCAAUUGACUCAGAGCCCACUGUCGUGCCUGGUGACGUGGUGCCCACUGCCUUGCCAGAUGACGCAGUGCCCGCUGUCGAGCCAAAUGACCUAAUGCCUGGUGACCCGAUGCCCGCUGUCCAGCCA